CCGGAAUCUUAACCACUCCCCCAGAAGAACCUUGUGAACCGAAGCUAUAUACCUGCUGCCUGUUGCCUCGGCUUACAGCAUUGCUCUCUGUGAGCCCACUUUCGGCAGAGGGAAAUCAGACAGCUGCAGAGGCGAGAUGUUGCGCAACCUUACCACGCUUGUGCUGCUAUGCGCCGCAGUAAUCGGCAUCCGACGUACGAACUUCUUUGAAGACUGCCACGACAUGCCGGAGGGCGGACCACAGCCGGGCAAUUGCUACUUCUUGACGGAGCGAGAGUUGCGUAACGAUGACAUGUACCGGGCGAUUGCAGGCUUAACCAUGCGAAGAUACACCUACGAUCCGCCGGGCAAGUUUCUGCAGACAGUCUACGGAGUGACACGCGGCGCAUUUGUUUAUUCCCCAGACAAGUCGCCAAAGGGCUUCUACAUCGUGGAGUUCCUCACAUCCAAAAGCAACUGCUCGUCUCUCGGCCCCUACUCUCCUACUCAGUGCCAGUCGACAUCGAGAUGGGUGGACGGGUUAUGCCAGGCCAUGUUCCGUUCGUCGGACGAUGGCAUUGCUACUCACCAUGAUUCCUGGUGCACAGUCAUACACUAG